UAUUUUUAAUUUAUUAGUGUUUCAAAGUCAAGCUUAGGAUAAAUCCUUGUUGACAAGUGUUUAUGUAAACUAUUUACUAGGCAUUACUCUAUUGACAUCAAUAUCUCUUCAAUUGGACCAAAGAUAAACUAAACUUCCAGAUAUUUGUUCACUUCACUCUCUCAGUGGUUGCCACAAACAAUGGUGGAGGAGGACAAGGUAGUUUUGUUGGGCUCUGGGUUCAGUAUGUUUGGGAUGAGAGCUAAGAUAGCUUUGGCAGAGAAAGGAAUCAGAUAUGAAUACAUGGAAGAGGAUCUUACCAACAAGAGCCCCUUGCUUCAAGAAAUGAACCCAAUUCACAAGAAAAUUCCAGUUCUCAUACAUCAAGGGAAACCAAUCUGUGAGUCCCUUAUAAUUGUUGAGUAUAUUGAUAUGGUUUGGCAACACAAUUCUCCCUUGCUUCCCUCUGAUCCCUAUCAUAGAUCUCAAGCCAGGUUCUGGGCUGAUUUUGUAGAUCAGAAGGUGUAUCAUGCUUCUAGGAGGGUAUGGAUUUCAGAGGGACAUGAGCAAGAAGUGGCAAAGAAGGACUUCAUAGAUAGCUUAAAGCAAUUGGAAGGGUUUCUUGGAGACAAGCCUUAUUUUGGAGGUGACACAUUAGGGUUUGUUGAUGUUGCUCUCAUACCUUUUUAUUGCUGGUUUUAUACUUAUGAGACCUUUGGCAACUUCAAAGUGGAGGCAGCGUGUCCAAAGCUUAUCUCCUGGGCCAAGAGAUGCAUGAAGAAGGAAAGUGUAUCUGAAACUCUUGCAGAUGGGAAGGAGGUUUAUGAGUCUGUGUUGGAUUAUAAGAAGAAAUUUAUAUUGAACUAAGGUUACACUGUAAAGUGUUAGGCUAAUUAUUUUUCUGUUAGCUAUUGUAAUUACAAUAAAGUCUCACAGUUUGUUAGCAAAUUUCAUAUUGGUUGUACUUGUAAGCUUAUAAAUAGGCAUUCUCAUUUAUGAAAUACUGCUUUAUUUCUUCAA